UUUGCAGAUUUAUAAAUACAUUUAUGCACACAACAAACUUUCAUUGCCAUUCUAUUAUUUUUACAUUAUAAUUUAUGAUUAAAAUAUUAUAUAAAUACAAAUGUUCAUAUCCGAAAUAUUUAAGUAAUAAAUACAAAAAUUAGCAUAUUUCAUGUAUUCUAAACAUCACGUGAUAUUGUAACUCGUCUCAUUCAUUUACUCUAUAAUUCAUGCAUAUGUAUGGUUUAAUUGAUACACUGCACUGAAGAAUGUCGUCUACAGAGUACUGAAACCAAACUGUCCAGUUCUAAGAAAAAAUCGCUUGCAGGAAGGCAACUUUCUUGUAAGGAAACUACCUACAGUACAUACACAUAUAUAGUUAUGUCGUAAUUGAUAACAUCAAACAAUGAGACUCAUAUCAUUACAUCCACAUUAUUUAUUGAAGUUAUUUUUACAUGGAUUAUUGUACGCUGGAAUAUUAUUAAAAAGUCAAGUCCAGUCGGAUGGCCAGUCUUAUGGAGGAGCCCUGUUAAAAAUUGAAUGGGAUUACAACAAUCCUGAAUCUCAACUGGAGAAUGGACAAGUUUGUGAUCGUGUUGGAGGAAGAGAAUGUGAUGUCUAUUUCACGUUAUGUCUGAAAAAUGCUGCCUCAGUAACUUCUGACAUAGAUAAGUGUCAUCUACUUCAGCAUACUACACGUAUAUAUGACAAUGCUGGUUACCUGGAGUUUCGUGGAGGUGAUGCGAUAGAGGUCUCCCUCCCUCAACCUGCCCCAAAUGAAUACACAUUCACAUUGGGCAUAUUUGAACAAGAUAUUUUUGGAGUUGUUGAAAUAAUUGGAACAUUAGUAGCACAACAAUUCACAUUACUACCGACAAACGAAUGGACAGAAAUAAAAAUGGAUAGAGAUAAUAAUCAUUAUCAAAAUAAAAUAAAUGUCAACGUACGAAUGAAAUUGAGCUGUUUUGAGCAUUAUUAUGGUAAACACUGCCAUGUGUUCUGUAAACCGGAGCCAUCUCGAUAUACCUGUAGUUCAGACGGCUCUUAUAUUUGUGUUCCAGGUCUUCAUGGAUCAGAAUGCGACAAAGAGGAUUCCUGUUACUUUGAACCAUGUGCAGAUCAUGCCACAUGUGUAAACAAAGAAAAUGAAACUGGACGUGUUUGUAUAUGCGGUGGUGAAGAAAAACCAGAGUGUUAUUCAGAUUACAAUCCAUGUCAGUCGAAACCAUGUCAGAAUGGCGGUGAAUGUCAGUUAGGUGGACACUAUAACAAAAGUUUUACAUGUAUAUGCACUGAACAAUGGACGGGUCAUAGAUGUACUGAAAGACGUUCAGCAUGUCUAGAAGAAGCAAUGAAAAUUAAACUUCAUGAUAAUCAAUCGACAGAACAUGGUCCUAAUAAUACUGAAGUAGCUGCGGUUUGUCUAAAUGGUGGGACAUGUUUUGAACAUCCACUGAGAUUUGAAGUGAGAUGUGUGUGCUUACCUGAAUGGAUAGGAGCUAGAUGUGAGAUACCUGCGGAACCAUUACCAUCGAAAACUAACUGGUUAUUGUUUACACUAAUGAGUGUAGGCAUUAUUCUGUUCAUCAUGGUCUUAGUACUAACAGUUGGGAUUAUCUGGAAGUGUGUACGCAGGAAGCGUAUGGUCGAUCAUGGAGCCAAACAUGGAGCUAUUGUAUAUUAUCACAACCCUCGAACUUCAUCUCAGUCAAAUUACGGUAGUUCCUGCCCCCUGAAUCCUCACUUUAUGAAUAACACUUACGAGGAUACAUCAAACAUACCCCCAAUAAUCGUCAAACCCUCCAAUGCUGCUUACUCAAAAAAAAUAGAACCAAGUCCAGUACCUGAUGAAUAUGAUGAAUGUGAUCCACUUGGACUUUACGCUGGUGCAGAAAUAUAUGCGACUGCAUUUCCACCGGAUGAGGUUGAAGAAGACACUGCAGAGAAAAAAAACAAUAAGAUGUCAACAGAGGCAAUAAUGGAUCCAUUCAAUGAAUGCGCUCCUCCACUGCCUGUUCGACCAUCUGCUUUUAAUAUUUCAUCAUAUCAACUACUGAGUGACUCUAGCCAGUCGAUAGAUAGACAAAGACCAAAGUCACCGUCAACUGUUAGUACCUUCACGAAUAAUUUUAAUGACUUGACAUCAUAUCGUUCUAGUCUUAGAUCUGAUCAACCACCAAAUGUUUCAGUGAUCAGUUCAUCAUUUUUUGAUGGCAAGCAAACAUCGAAUUGUGAUGCAUAAAAACAAUCAGUAUUUUCUUUUUCUAUCCCCGUUUUAUUUUUGCCCAAUGGUUUUCUAACUGAUAAAUGGUUUUUUUUAGACUUUUAUUAUCAAUUUUACAAAUGAACAGCUGAUAAGAGAGAUUUAUUGCGAAUACCACUGUUCACAGUAUGAUUCAGUUUCCCAGCCUUCUUUACCCACGUCUUGAUUAACACAUGAGUAGAAUGAACCAUAAAUGUUCAGUUAUUCAUUUUUCAAUAGUUCAAUUAAUUCAAUCACUCCUUUUGUUUAAUUAGUAACCAUGAUGGAUUUUGAUUUAUUUUUCCAUUUGUAUCAGUUUCACUGUUUUUACAUCAGUAAGAUUGCUUUUUGUUGUAGUAUGUUCUCUGUUAAUUUUAGCGAUCUGAAUGAGGGAAGUCCUUCUUUGUGGAAAUAUGGAAAAAAGUGUACACGUGUACAGCCAA